AUGGAUUGGAUACAUAUCUGCCUACAGCAUAAAUAUAUCCUAAUAAAGCUCCUACUUAUAAAAGUUAGCUUGUGCUUGAUUUUUCGUUUGCUCUUGUAUAAUGCUUAAUGUAUUCUCUUCUAUCAGCCUCACAAACCAAAUCACUUUAAGAAUCAACAAUUAUUUUAAAUAAGUGAGGUUAAAGACUUUCUUACUAUAAUGACUAAACUAAUUUUUAUUCCCUUUGAAGUUGACUAGCCAUUUUCCUUAAUACGCUUUCCUUUAGUUUGCUAAUUAUUAUCUAUCGAUCUGAAUAUCUUCAAUAGUUUAUUCCUAAUUUAAUAUAAUAACAAUAAAUUUCUUUCUCCCCUCAUAAAUUGA